UGCUCCGCCCAUUCAGUUUCACACUAGCCUAUAUAUAAACCGUUCCUAGACUCUCACUGCUGCAUUACUCAUCUAUUCUUCAAGUUUCUUUUCUUCAAUAACUGAAUAUUAUCACAGUGACAUUUUGUCGUCGUGUGCCAAGUUACUUGAGUGUUUUCAGCCAGAAUUACGCUUGUAGCCAAUACCUCGGGGUGCCCCAGAUUUCAAUGUUCCCGCAAUUCAGCGGGUGUUAAGAUCCAUGGAAGUGGCCGGUUUCUACGACGCGGAUUGCUUUGCUUUCCAGAGUAGAAACAGCAUUAUCAGUCCCAUUAGCGACAACAGCACUUGCAAGCAGCGCGUUGACGGCUCGAUGACGGAGCUUGGCAUAGCCGAGCACGAGAAAGCAAUUGAUUUCAGCGACUACUUGGAUCCAGCUGCUGCACACUGUCAACUAGUAACACACAACGAAACACAGCAGAGAGGGGGAGGCGUAUUCGCUAGUUUCCUUGCCGAGGAAAGCAGGAUAAAGAGACUUUCAUCAUUAGAACAAAACUACAGAAACUACAUCUCUCUCAACGAGCGGGAGACAAGUGCGCACGCCAACCCUAGGGAGCCAUACGUCCUGGGCUAUCCUGAACUGCAGGAGACCCGUGUGGACACCGUGUUCAGCCCCGAGUUUCUUGGGAACCACUUUAAAACCGGUGAAAGAGACGAUCUUCAAGAGGACCAAAGAAUGGACAACAACGGUUCGUCUGGCUACGACAUGAGGUAUCUUCAUUACCAGUCGACUCCAAGUGGCAGCCUUGGUAACAUUUCCACUGCGUCCUCGUCUUCCUCAAGUCCACCCGGCACACCUGCCCCGCCAGGUAAAGGCAGGUCGCCUUUGCAGGGCGGGAAAAUGUCAUCUGGUGGCAAGGGGAAGAAGCGACUGGAAAAGGACAGUGAGGAAUAUAAGCAGAGGCGGGAGAGAAACAACCUUGCCGUUAGAAAGAGCAGGGAUAAAGCAAAAAUACGCAAUAUGGAGACGCAACACAAAGUGCUGGAACUGGCCGCAGAGAAUGACCGUUUACAAAAACGCGUGGAGCAGCUGUCAAGAGAGCUUGCCACUCUGCGUAACUUGCUCUCUGCCACCGGUCAGUGUUAGCCACAGAAUGCCAACACACCUCUCACUGGAAACCGGUACUUGAUCAGGCACUGACUUUAAAAAAAAAAACAUUUAUCGCGGUGCCAUACAUGUGAAAAAGUUAUUCCAGGAUGUUACGUUUGUGUACAGUAUCUAUACAUGAAAAAGCCACCAACAGUUUACAAGAUGUGAUUGGGUAAAGAAGGUGCAACGAAUGUACAACUAUUCAUGAUUCUUGACAUGUCACCUUCAUUCUGUCUUUACAAUUUUGUGUAUGCAGUAUUUCUGGAUGGGUUUUGCAUUUUAUAUUGAAUAUUGGUAAAUAUUCUGUUAUUUAAAAAUAAAUUUCCUUAUCUGGAGCAAUGGUUGUCAAGGGAAGAGUUGUAGCCCACUGCAGAGGUAUGAUGCAACUCUUUGUAACAGUAUUGGCAAUGAAUGAAGUAAUCUCUUAAUAUGACGAAAAUGUACAAAUGGUACUUGAUAUUUUAUUGAAUUAAACAAUUUAUACUUUGAUAUUA